AGUUCAUGGUUUGUUCGUUCUUCUGCGAAACGGUCACACUGGUCGCGCAGGCGAAAAUGGCCUAAAGCGUGAAAUGUUUGAUUCGUUGUUGUUUCUCCUCCGCAAUAGUUACUAAUAGAAACAAAUGCAAAAUGGCUGUCUAACGUUUAAGUGCAGCGACCGCCGAAGAUCGUGGAAAUCUGCAUGAAAAGCGGCUCGCAGGCAAAUGAAAGGCGCGUGAAAAUGUAGCAGACACCUCUUUAUCGCGAAAACGAAUAUCGGUGCAAAGGGAAAAACAAAAACCAAGGAAAAUACAGCCAAACGCGAAUGUGAAUGUGAAGGCAAAUUUGGAUUGAAGCGGUGCAGCCGACAUAAGAACGCGAUAAACCCAGCGCAGGUCGACCGAUAAGCGAAGAAGCCAGCCGACUGGCGACUACACGUGUAAUCUGAAACUAUAUCUGCGAUAUAGAUAGAAGUCGCAUCCGGAGGAACCGGAGCGAGCAUGUCGCACGGUGGAGCCGGUGGCGGUCUGGGAGCUCAAACUGUUGGAGCCGGCCAACUUGGAGGCGGUGCAGCGGCAGCUGGCGGUGGAGAAUACCGCGAACUCCACUGGACGGUCUCAAGCGUAAUGGACUCGUCUCGGGUCUCCACCUGCCUCAUAUCGAUGCUGCUGAUAGUCUACGGCAGCUUUCGCUCCUUGAACAUCGAGCAGGAGGCCCGCGAGCGGGAGCAGAAGAAGCGAAAUGAAUCGAUGACCAAUCUCCUCACCGGCGAGCCCGUCGAGAAGGAACCAAAUCUGUAUUUCACAGCGGAUAAAUUCGCCACUCUGGACACGAUGCAUGCCCUAUGUUUGCCCCUCGGAGCUUCCAUCUCACUGCUCAUCAUGUUCUUCUUUUUCGACUCGAUGCAGCUGCUCUUCGCCGUCUGCACAGCGAUUAUAGCCACCGUGGCGCUGGCCUUUCUGCUGCUGCCCAUGUGCCAGUACAUCAUCAGGCCAUGCACGGAUGGAAAGCGAUUCUCCUUUGGAUUCUGCGGUCGCUUCACAGCCGCGGAGCUCUUCAGCUUUACGCUUUCGGUGUCGAUUGUGUGCAUAUGGGUGCUCACUGGCCACUGGCUGCUAAUGGAUGCAAUGGGCAUGGGCCUGUGUGUGGCAUUCAUUGCGUUUGUGCGUCUGCCCAGUCUAAAGGUGUCCACGCUGCUGUUGACCGGCCUGCUCAUCUACGACGUCUUCUGGGUAUUCCUCUCCUCGUACAUCUUCAGCACCAACGUGAUGGUCAAGGUGGCCACGCGACCCGCCGAUAAUCCCGUGGGCAUCGUGGCCAGAAAGUUGCAUCUGGGCGGCAUUGUGCGGGACACACCAAAGCUGAAUCUGCCCGGAAAGCUUGUUUUCCCCAGCCUCCACAACACGGGCCACUUCUCCAUGCUGGGCCUGGGUGAUGUGGUGAUGCCGGGCCUCUUGCUCUGCUUCGUCUUGCGGUAUGAUGCGUACAAAAAGGCGCAGGGCGUCACAUCGGAUCCCACAUUGUCACCGCCCAGAGGAGUUGGCUCCCGGUUGACAUACUUUCAUUGUUCCUUAUUGGGUUAUUUCUUGGGCCUGCUAACGGCGACGGUCAGCUCCGAGGUCUUUAAGGCUGCCCAGCCGGCGCUGCUGUAUCUAGUGCCCUUUACGUUAUUGCCGCUCUUGCUGAUGGCCUAUCUGAAGGGCGACCUGCGGCGCAUGUGGAGCGAGCCGUUUAUCGCGCAACAACCAUCAAAACAACUGGAAGUCUGAGUGUACUCUAUCUAAAAGCAAAGAAA